GAAGUUUAUUAGAGAGGUAAAUGUUUUACACUCACGGACAGGAUCUGCAUGUACCUCUGUGGCUCUGGGUGUCUGGUGAGGACCAUUUUAGGUGACUGACCAAGGGAAGGAAAUGCCUUAGUGAGACUGGAGUCACAGCCAUAUUGCCACCACCAUGUCUACCAUACAAAGAAAAGGCAGAAGCCACCUGUUUAACAGUUUGUACACCUGUGAACUGAAGCUUCCAGAAGACCAGCGACAGCAAGAAAAAUCUGUCAUUGCUCAACCAAUAUUCGUUUUUGCAAAGAGAGAACAAACUUUUAAGAGACCUGCAGAAGACACCGCAUGUGAGGCAGCAGAGCAUGAAUGUAAUGGUUUUCUAAGAAAGCGUGUACGGUCUUCAUCUUUUACUUUGCAUACUACAGACCCUCAGUCCCAAGGAGCAUCAACCUUGUUCCAGAAUCGAAUGAGAUCAUCAUCCUUCACCAACCUCCUGACCUUCCCCCCUUCUGGGCCAGUGAAGAAACACAAUGUUUUUAUGACAUCAACUCUUGUGCAAAGGAAUGUGGAUAUGAACAGUACAGAUCAAGGUCCUGUGAAACAUUCUGAACAUGUCCUAAGGCCUGCUAUUUUGCAGCCACCUCAAGCUCAAAGGUGUGAAAAAGUAAGAAAAACAUUUGGACACAAUACCUUGGAAUCCUGCAAGACUAAGGAAAAAACAAAAAAUAAGAUUUCUGAGGGGAACUCUUCUUUGCUAAGUGAAAAUUUACCAAGUGCCAGAAUUUCAGUCCAGCUGACUACUAACCAGAAUUGUUUAGGUGUUACAUCAGUAGGAUGUCAACCAAAUGAAGAUAAGUAUUCUUUUAAAAGCUGCAGUUCUGAUUUUGUGUUUGGAGAAAACAUGGUAGAAAGAGUUUUGGAUACUCAACAUCUCACCCAACCUCAACUCGAAAAUGACUCAAACACCAGGGAAAAACCAUUCAAAUCCACUCUAGAAUUUCCUGUCAACUCUCCAAAUUCAAGCACAGACUCUAUUAAAAAUAUAUCCCUAAUUGAAUCAGCUGCUGCUUUCUCUUCUAAGCCAUCACCCAAAUGCUUGCUGGAGAAAAUUGAUGUUGUAACAGGGGAAGAAGCAGAGCAUAAUGUGUUAAAGAUCAACUGCAAGCUUUUUAUAUUCAACAAAACAACACAGUCCUGGAUUGAAAGGGGCAGAGGAGCUUUGAGGCUGAAUGACACAGCGAGCAGUGAUUGUGGAACAUUCCAGUCAAGACUAAUUAUGCGCAAUCAAGGCAGCCUGAGGCUGAUCCUCAAUAGCAAACUCUGGGCUCAAAUGGAGAUUCAAAGAGCGAACCACAAAAAUUUGCGAAUAACAGCUACUGAUUUAGAAGACUAUAGCAUCAAAGUGUUUUUAAUUCAGGCCAGUGCCAAAGACACAGGAUGUCUGUAUGCAGCAAUACAUCAUCGGCUGGUUGCACUUCGAAGCUUCAAUAAACAGAAAGAUGUAAAUCAAGCUGAAAGCCAGUCAGAAACAAGCCUCCAACAAUUAAACUGCGAAAGCUGUGAUGAGGAUGAGGAUGAUUUCAUCCAAGUCACUAAAAAUAGAUCAGAUCCUUCUAGGUGGACCCACAGACAGUCGGUUGCCUGUUCAUGAACGCUAUCUACUAUAAACGUGACAACAUCUACAAAAAGAUUGGUCAUCUUACUGAAAAUACUAAGCCAUCCUAACUAAAUGAGAAGAUCCUAUUCGUUCCUUGAAGAGUUUUUACAGCACAGUUCAUGAAAGAUAAUUUGUUGCAAUUAAGAUUUUUCUUUUAUAUAGUCUAAUAAUUGCAAGGUUUUAUAUUUUGAUUAUAGUGGAGAAAAUGACAGAAUUUAAGAAAUACACAGACUUUGGAAGUUCAAAAUUUAUCAUUUUUGAAGAAGCUAAUUUAGAAUAGGAUUUGAUAACUAAUUUGGACUAUUCAUCACAUUGGUGGAUAUAAUAGUUCAAAUAAAUUUCUGGAUUUCAUAAAUAUCUAACUAAAAUAUUUUUUCAGUCAUACAUUGCCUGGUCAUAAAACAAAUAUUUUACAAGAUUUCCAGUCAUUUCUUCCGAAACACUAUAUCUGCAUGCUAACAUUUCAUUAAGUCAUGUUUCUCUUCUGGGAAAUGUGUAUCUUCAUUUAACCUUUGGAUUUACUACUACUAUAAGAUUAUAUAUUCAUGGUAUGAAUCCCUUUAAAGAUAGUGUUGUCUUGGACCUGUAUCCAUUGCACCUUGUGUAUGCUUGACUCCAGUUCAGCAUCCAAUAGUUGUUGAAGGGAUGAACAAAAUACAUUAACUAUGUAACAAAACAGUAAGUAUACAAAAAGUAAAAUAUGUUAACUUGUUCUUUGCUUUAUGUAAUUAGAUUGUCAUUAAUAGUCUAAUGGGUGUAGCUGUAUAGAGACCUUUUAAAAAAACCAAAUAUA